UAAAAAAAAAAAACAGAGACCACAGAAGAAGGCAGAAGCCAUCCCCAAAUGUCCGCCUCCGGCGACUCCCUGGACGCCCUCCCGGCGGCGGUCCUCGCCGACGUCCUGGGCCGCGUCGCGGACGCCGGAGACAUCGCAUCUUGCCGCCUCGCCUCGCGAGCGCUCCUCGCCGCGUCCUACCUCUGCCCCCGCGCCCGCCUCCGCGCCGCCGACUGCGCGCGCCGCCGCCGCGGCGAGGGCCGUGCUGGCCCCCCCGCGUUCCGCGCGACCGCCGGGAACCUCGCCUCGCUCCUCGGGCCGCACCUACGCUCCCUGUCGCUCGACGCGGCCGACGGGGAGGGCUCCCCCGACGACGCGGCGUGGGUGGAGGAGGGGGAGUUCGAGGACGCCGACGACCUGCACCUCACCAGCGGGGAGGCCGUGGCGGCGUGGGCGGCCACCGCCGCGGGGCCCGUCCUCCGCGAGGUGGAGAUCGCCGAUUACUGGCCGCAGGCGUGCUGGAGGAAAGCGGAGGCGCUCCUUCUCAUCUCCCACUACUGUCACAGUCUCAUCAAGUUGGGCCUUAAAAAUGCAUGGCUUUCUGUUGAUGGGCUCAAGAAAAUGCCAAAUCUGACUCAUCUGACGCUUGAGUUCAUUAGACUAGAUGAUGAAGACCUCGACCAAUUGAAUGAAUGCUUCCCUUGCCUUCGCAGUCUUAAUCUUAUAGGAGUUGGAGGGCUCAAGGACCCUAAGAUUCACCUUCUUCAACUGAACACUUGCCACUGGGAGGUAUCAAAUGUCCCACGGUCUUUGGUUGUCCAUGCGCCAAACUUGUACUCUCUAGAGUUGAAAUGUGUUCGACCAGAUAGGCUCAUUUUGGAUACUCCAUCCUUGUCUACUCUGAAGCUCACCAUUGAGAAACUUGGUGCAACUGCCCAAGUUGAUGGUCUUGUGAGUUUGACAGAUCUUCGCAUAGAGUCAUUGGAUCUUAGCUCCCUGUUUUCAGCAUUUGUAGAUAGUCGAGCUAUCAGGACAUUGGAGCUUGAGCUACCUGAGUCUGCAAGCCAGUAUGAUCUUCUUGAAUCAGUUAACCCAGAUUAUCUUCUGAGAAUGCUUGCUAGCAUCAGGGAGGUCAAGCUGGCCCCAAGAUUUUCAUGUCAACUGACAUUAUGCCUCGCCCUAUGCACAGAUAGUCAGUUCCAAAGUUGUCUGAAGAAACUCCUAAUCCAUGUGCCUCAAUCAGAGUUUUAUUUUCAGCUGUCACGAUUGUUUCAGAUAUGCGCACCUUUGUGCGAGGUGACUGUCCUUUUCCACGCUGAAUCAGCUGAUGCAGUCCGUCAAGGUGCAAUGUCGAUUUGUAUGCAAAGGUUUUCAGGGAUCAGAUGGCAAUGGGGUACUUGGAAGUAAUCCUGCAUCUAUACAUUACUUGUAGGCUAUUUUGAGUUUGAUACCUAUAUUAGCGUGUGACUGGUAGUUUUUGUUAACAUAGCAGCCCCCUCUACAGAACUGGGAGCUGGUUUGUUUGCUCGCAUGUAGCCAUGUACUGGUGUACUGUGCACGAUAUUGUGCACAGCAAGUAUGGUUCUAUAUCUGUUUGGUCUACGGUCUACCUCA